AUGACGACUACUAGUCAAACUAGUGAUAGUCUUUAUUCAAAAGAGUCUUUUUCGAAUGAUUUUACCGAAGUUGAUGAUUGGCUUGUUUUAUUCAAGGAUGAGAAAGCAUCAUCAACAUUCAACUACAAUUCAAAGCUAAAUGCUGAAAUUCACUUAGCUAUUACUACAGAAUCUUCGGAGUAUGCAUCAUCGCUUUGUGAUCACCUCUUCACACUUUAUCGCGAUGUGCAACAUCGACCAUUUGUGCUUCAGUUUCUUCCAUCAUUCGUCACGACCUACUAUGAUAUUCUUCAUCAUCAGUCGGAGUCAGUUGAUGCCACUACUAAGAGUGUCCUCGACGAUGGACAUAAUGAAAGAAUUCAUCAAUUUCGUAUUCCAAAUCUGACUUUACCAUCAAUUUAUCAUACACCGAAUCCUGAUUAUUAUGCACCUACACCACUCACUCAGCAUGCAAUAUCAAAACAUGAAAAAAAAUGUGAAGUUGUUCGUUUACAUUCAUUUGUUCCGUUUGAUUCAGUCAAUGCAACAACAAGAGAACAAAUUCUUUGGCUUCUACUUAUUCAAUAUGGUUCAAAUGUGUCACAUAUGGAUAUAUAUUCUCGACGAUCUUAUUUUAAAAUGUCAAAAAAAUUACUUGGUCAAGGUUUUUCAUUUGAUCAAAGUAUUUCAAAAAGAGAAAAGAAUUCUAUUUUACCACUGAAUGGUCGUCGAAUACAUCUAUCAAGUCGAAUAUUAUCAGAAAUCUUAGGAACAUUAUUCUAUUUUAAAGCUAAUUCAUCAGAUAGAGAAGCAUUUGAAUGUAUGCGUUUAUUAAAACAACGCGCUGAAUAUGAAAUGUAUGCUGAUGUGAUUUUAAUGACAGAAUCUAUGAGUUAUUUACAUGAAUUUGAUGAUAAUCAACUUGAACAACAAGAUACAAUUGGUAUUGAAAUUGAACUGCCGCCAACAAUUGAUAUGGUUAAACAAAAACGUACAGCAACAACAACACGUUCAAUUAAAAAUCGACAACGUUCACAUAAACAUCAUUUUGAAAAUGAAACAGCUAUUAUUGAGAAUGAUUUACCGAAUGAUACAAUAGAACAUUUAAAUUUUGUCCCGGUACCAAGUGAUGCUACAGCUACAGCCUUAAUACCACCAACUAUUCAUCAAAAUAAAUCAAUAUUUGAUAUAAUUGAUGAAAAUUCACCAACCAAAGAAUAUCUACGUUCAAAUUGUAGAAAAACGUCCUCAUCAAGCGAACAACAAAAUGAGAAAACAUCACUAGAUGACAAUCAAGAUGUCACAUCACCUCUGAUAAAUGAAAUAAAAACAAAUAUAUCAUCAUCAAUUGGCUUAGCAGCAUCAAGUCCAUCUCCAUCGUCCAUACGUCAUUAUAAACCAAUGUCAUUAACAUCAACACAAACAUAUUUUAAAACCAUUCAACAACAACAACGUGUGUCAUCACCAAAUAUACAAAAUGUUCAAACUAUAAUACACAAUGAAAUUAAUAAUGAUUCUAUUCGACCACGUACAUCAAGUAUGAAACACGGCGAAAAAAAAGAAGUUAUUGCUACAGUUCGAUUUAUGGGUACAGACCAAAAUGGAACAAAUAUUAAAGAAACAUAUUUGUAA